GGGACCUGGUACAAUGUUGGCCUCGGUGCAUGUGGCCACCCCGAUGUGACCAGUAGUCCCAUUGUCGCUAUUUCGCAUGACAUCUACGGCAAUGGCGGCGACUGCAACCAGUGGAUGCAAAUCACUAACAAGGGUGCGACGCGACCUCCAUCGGUAUGCGUUACACGAUCUCUCCCACAACAACUUUAUUUAUGUCUCACGUUUCUACCUUGCCCAGACCUGAGUCCGUCUCUCUUCAAAUCAUUGGGUGCGCCUCUUAGCGAAGGUGUUAUUGAGGUUGAGUGGCACUUCAUGGCCAAACGCUGGAACCCUUAG